AUGAAUUCAAAUGAAGUUUUAGAAGAUCAUAAUAUUGAUGCAAGCAUAAUAUUGAGCCAUCUAACUAUUUCAAAUAAGUUUCAUGAUCUUGAUGCUAUUAUUUCAAACCAUUUAGGAAAGCCUUCUCUUAUUUGUUCAGAUCAUGCUUUGUUUAUUGGUGAAUCUUCUACAAGCAUUGUAGGUGAAGUUGUUGGAUUCAAACAUUCUUAUAACAUCAAUACCAAGCCAGGUAAACCAAAAAGAGAUCUACAACCUACUUUAGCACUUUGUUCACCUUAUCUUAAAAAAGAAGGUGAUACAACUAAACACGUUUCACGUUUGGAAGAAAGGGUUGCGGGUUCUUUGUUUUUGGCUAUGCGUAAUCCCAGGGAAAAAGUUUAUGAAUCUACCAACGGAUUUGUUGGUAUAAGAUCAGUGAUGGAGUCUCUCAUACCGGGUUGUAGGAUUCACAGAGUUUAUCGUGGUGGUGGAGCGGAGAAGUUAGAUGCGGAUUUUCUGUCUGAGUGUACCAAUCAAAAGAUACAAUUGUCUGAAAUGAAGAAGCAAUAUGUCUGUAAGAUGUUGUUGUCAGACAUGAAUUUGUGCAAAGCUUCUUUUGUUACAACUCUUGAGGAUUAUGAUAAUCUAUCAAGCUACAAGAGGAGAAGAUUUACACUGAAAGUCAUUUACAUGAAGUUGAAGGCAGAGCUAAAGAAAUAG